CCGAGCCAGCUCGCCCGGAACGCCACUGGCUAUUGCAUAUGACAAGAGCAGUGCCCGCGUGCAAGCCGCGCAGCGGGUCUUGCGGGUUUUCGCGCGGUCAGUAACGCGCGCUACGGGCACGAGUCAGUGACAGUUUGCACUCGCCGUACCCUCCCUGGCGAACUUCCCAUACAAAGGCCCGUUCUGUCCUUUCUUGCUCGUGUUAUAAAUAGCCUACAGCCCUUUUCCAAACAUUCAAGCUUCAUUAGCGCCUACUCGCUUAUAUCAAAAGACCCCUUGAAACUUUUACUCGCUCUCUACAUUCACGAUGGCUGCUCCUUCUUCACUGAACAUGACCGGUGACGCCCGCAUUGACUGGUGGCCGCAGCGCGACACCGCCUUCGCCGGCGGGAGCUCGCGCACCUCCCGCGCCUUCAGCCCCGUUGUGGGCUCACCCAGCCCCUACGCGACACCCAAGCUUCCCGAGACCAUUGACUUCAACCCCAAGCCCGCCGCGCCCGUCGUGCCGGCGUCUCGUCAAGGGCUUUACGACCCCUUCGGCGCGUUUGACCCGGCCCCGUGCCUGCUGGCGGCGGCCCUGGGUAGCUAUGGUUUCCGCCUGCACCCCCAGCCGCCCCUGCGGCCCUUUCCCGUGGCGGCGGCCCCGCUCGCACCGCGUCAGGUCGACUGGUCCUGGAGCCCGCUGUACGCACGCGGCAGCAGCAUUGGUGGUGGCGUUCAGUGGUGAAGAUAGCUUGUGCUUGGCGGUAAAGAUACGGUAGUGGCAUGCACCGAUACGGUACACGCGUGUGCACACCCCUUCACCUGUCCCAUCGCAUCCAUUUGCAUGUACAUAGCGCUUCAUGCGCACAUAUUGCGGUUUUGUGUUUGCAUUUGUUUUGGUUUGGUGUUUGUCAGUUUGAAAGUUUGAGGUUUAGAUUUGAGCUGGGGACGCGUGACGGAGAUGCUGGACACAAUAAUGCAAGAACAUAUUCAGGAAGAAGACUCCACCAUGCGGACAUGGACUGGAAGAAUGCAUGCUGACACGGGCCACGGCCCUUGCUUGUAACAUCAAUACGGUAUUGGUGCGUGCGUGUGCAUCUUCUGCUGGCUGGGCGUCUCACGCAGUGGCGUGUUCAGUAAGUCCUUGCUUGGGGAAUUUGUAAGCAUCAAAACGCUCCGCGGAUGCCAAGGGACGCUUACACUCCCCCCCCUCUGGACGGGAGCCGUCCUCGGAUCCCAGCGCCGGCCUAUUGCGGUCGCCGAAUCAUAGGGCAUAGGCGCGUACAAGCGCACAGCAUUGUUUAUAGCCAGCGUCAUCGGCUUACGAGAGUUGCGCGACUUGUCUCAGCACCUCGAGAUUUGCAUCACGUCUGAUACAAUCGAGAUCGAAGAGUGUGGGAAGCGCGGAUCGACCUUGCGACCUGCCGGUCUAUCGCAUUUUAGAGCAGUGAUCAGGUGCUCGAGUGCGUUAUUCGGUCUCGAUACCAUAUGUAAGCAUCAAAACGC